CACCACCAUCCGGAAGUAGUAUCGAAAACAUUUUUUAGCAGAGAUGAGGCGACUGGACUCAAGUGAUGAUGUCUCCCUGUUUGAUGCAGAGGAAGAUGCAGGACGAAAAUCAAAGUCCAAAAUCAAGCAUCCGUUGGCGUCAUUCUUUCACCUGUUCUUCCGUGUGAGCGCCAUCCUGGUCUACUUGCUGUGUGAGUUGCUCAGCAGCAGCUUCAUCGCUCCCAUGGUGACCAUCAUCCUACUGCUCUGUUGUGACUUCUGGACUGUCAAGAACAUCUCUGGUCGUCUGAUGGUGGGAUUGCGAUGGUGGAAUCAGGUGGAUGACGAUGGGAAAAGCCACUGGGUGUUUGAAUCCAGAAAGGGCUCAGGGAAGCAGGCCUCUGACUCGGAGUCUCGGAUCUUCUGGCUCGGCCUGAUCAUCUGCCCCAUCAUCUGGGUCAUCUUUGCCUUCAGCUCUCUCUUCUCUUUCAAAAUCAAGUGGCUGGCUGUGGUCAUCAUGGGAGUGGUUCUCCAGGGAGCUAACAUGUACGGCUAUGUGCGCUGUAAAGUGGGCACAAGGACCAACCUGAAGAACAUGGCCACCAGUUACUUCGGGCGGCAGUUUCUGAAACAGGCUAUGUCCAACCAGGAAGAAUCCUAAGGGUAUUACGCCUUAUGGAAGAGCGUAUGCUUUAUAUUUUAAAGACUUGAGAGUGGAAUUUUGUUAAUUGUUUCCUCCAAAAGUCAAGAUAUUUAGAAUUGUUGACAACAUUAACUCAAAGUUUGUUUUUUUUCCUGUUCCUGUAUUGCUUGGUCACCAUGGUUGCGGGCUGACAUCUCUGUAGUGAUUGUGGGGUCAUUUGACUUGCUCAUGCUUGCAUUUGCAAGAGCAUCGAGGGAUACAUUUGCAUGAUGAACCAAGCGCCUCUAUGGUUACUGAAUUUCAUUGGGGAUUGUUUACGGUGAUCACACCACAUCAGUAGAGAUCUAGGGACAUCUCUAUAUUCCCCCUCUCUGUACAUAAUGUUUUUGUUUAUGGAUACAACAGAGAGCUAUGCUACAAAGCAAGGCUACUGAUCUCCAAACAACACCAUACUUUAGAAACCAUAGCUGCUCAGUGCAGUGUUCUUUUAGAGAUCAGCGGUUACUCCCGAAGUUACCUGGGUUAGCCAGUCACCGCACUUUGUAGUGCAGCCCUCAAUGGUAUCCCAACAUUGUUUAGUGACUAACCCAAAAAAGUUCAUUCAGAGCAAGUAGUAAGCCCUUGUAAAAGAAUACUGUUACAGUAGUGUUAGCUUGGAGAAUUGAGUUAACUUGGACAGAUUAGUCACUAAAUUAUGUACUUGGGAUACCCACAGUAUUUUCCAUUUUGUUUGAUUUGUUUAUUUGUUUAGUUUUUUUUUUUUGGUGUUUUGCCACACAUUAGCUAACAUGAGUUUUUUUGUACAGUACAAAAAACUGCAUUGUAUAAUAUUGUGUACAAUGGUUUGGAUGUAUGAUGGCAAGAGUGUGUUUGUAAAUAUUUAUUUAUAAGACAUCAUGUAAAAACAUUUUGUGCUAAUUCAAAUAAAGAAUUUCUGACGAAAGUAAA